CUUGUUUGCGUUAUUACAGUUUUAUUCGCCUAUCUUUGUAAUUCAGUUGAAAUUGGUGGCCCAAUUGCUAAAGCUAUGCUGCUAUGUAGGAUUUUUAUGUUCGGAUUUAAUAUAAGCGACAUAAAUCAUUCUGCACUAACAAAAUAAUAACUACAAAAAUGGAUAAGGCGCAGUGGAUGACAUCACUUCCAAGCCAGUUGAGAAAUAUGGCCAUUAUCAACCUUGCGAUACCCGGUUCUCAUAAUACAAUGUCUUAUGGAAUAAAGUCUGGAGCAAAGCCUUCACCUGACGCCGAAAAGUCCACAAUAUGGCUGAAUUUCUGUUUUCCGUGGUUUGUGCGACGUUGGGCAAAAACACAAUCUUCCUGUAUUUCAGAACAAUUACUAUUGGGAGUUCGAUAUUUCGAUUUGCGUGUAUGCCAAAAAAAUGAGAAAUUCUUUUUCGCACACGGACUCUUUGCUAUGGAGGUGUUUGAUCCUCUGGAAGAUCUCAAACAGUAUUUGCUUUCACAUAAAGGGGAGGUUUGCAUAUUAGACUUCCAACAUUUUUACGAUAUGAAUGUGAAACAUCAUGUAAAACUACACGACCGCUUGCUAGAAUUGUUUGGCUCUCUUUUGUACUCAAAAUCUGAUGGGACCUUGGCCGAUUUUACGCUGAAUAGAUGUAGCACAUUGGGCCGACAAGUAUUUUUGAUUUAUCGUCGUUGCCCUGUGCUACUUCCAAAUGAAUUUUGGCCAAGUAAUAGUUGGCCGACUCCAUGGCCAAAUGUAACUUCCGUAAAAAAACUUGAAACAUAUCUUCAAAAUUCACUACUUUCCCGAAAACCAACGCAAGGUUUCAUAUCUCAAUGCAUUUUGACGCCUUCCGGAAAGUACAUAGCUUUAAGAUGUUUUUCCUCGUUGCAUAGAACUGCAAAAAAAGUAGACAAAAAAAUACAACCGUGGAUUGAAGAACAAAUGCCUGGACCCUUUCAAGAAAAUGAACCUCCUAAGACCAAUGUCUUUAUUACCGAUUUUGUAAAUUUAAAUGACGGCCAAUUUUGUAACUCGGUUGUAGAAUUGAAUUUUAAAAUUGAAAAUCGUUUACAAAUUGGCGACGCCUGACCCAUAGGUAUGCAAUUUGAUUGGCGCAAAACGGUGUUUUAAAACGUGCCUAAAUACAAUAUAAGAAAUUCAUUACAAUAGGGAUCUGAAAUUUAAAUUUCACAAGCAUUUUAAAGAUACUAUUUUCAAGUUCUCGUAAUUUCAGCUCAGUGUUUAGUUUUCUUUUAAUUUUUGAGUUAGCUUCCUUUCUACUUCUUUCGCUGCGUUGGUAUCCAUACAAUGUUUUCAUUGACAUCAAUAUAUUCACCAUUUUUGGCGGCUAUCAAAUUACAAUGCUUUUAGUAUUAACUUUCAUUUUAAGUGCCAAUGCUCCACACCUACCAUCCGAUCAAAUGGUACUAUGCUUUUUCUAAGGCAUAUAGUUCCGCUGUCAUGGAUGAUAGUUUUUUUGUUUGUAUAGAAUGCUUUUGUGGUGUUCGCCCUUCCAUUAUUAAAUUGGGGUUUUGGAAAAUUAUCUUUUACUGAACCAUCGGUUUAUAAGAUUUCAAUGUUUUCUUCUUGAGUUGAUGUUUUUUCUGAAAUUGUUGGUUUAUAAUGAAUUCGUUAUUUAACGACUAGUUUUAGCUGUUUUUUUUUUUUUUUUAAUACAUAGAUAACUGUCGACUACAUGACUUUGUUAAAAGUGUUUGUAUUUUUUUAUGACCUUAUAUUGUUGAAAGGCUUUUGUAUAGCUGGUUGAAAAUUGCACUUGCUGUCGAAUUAGUAAUUUUUUAGCUAAUAUAUCAAAGGAUCACGAAUGCUUCUAGUAGUUCUUUAGCUGCUAUAAGUUCUAAUCUCUAUUGAAAGGGUAGUUUUGCUAAGAUUAUUAUUUGGUUGAGGGUUGUGUUUAUUAUUACCAUGCUUUAUCUCAUGCAUUGAUUAUUAAAACUUUUUAGUUUUUCUAAGGCGUUUUCGCGAAUAAUACGGCAUACUCUAUUUCGAUCUGGAGCGCUUUUGAAGGUCUUACUCCAAAGGUGCAACCACUCAACAAAUUUUAAGAAAACUGCAUAUUUUAUUGGUUUGUCUAUUGUUUAAUUUAUUUAUGAACAGCCGCAGAUAUCUAAUAGAAUUUAUAUUUAAACGCGUGUUAUAUAUACGAAUAGAUAUUUGUAAUUACCAUUUUUUUCCAUUGUUGACCUGCAACUAUAUAUUGAUUGCAAUUAAAAAAAUCCUCUAGUUUAUGUUGUAGUCGUGUUCUUGCCCUAUUAAACUUACUAUUCGUUAGUUAUUUUAUCAGUUAGUAAUAGUUAUCAGAAAGAAAUCGUGAUCCAAUUGGAAUAGAAAAGUAUGGUUGUAAGAUAAUUGGUAAAUUUUUGUUGUGUAUUUGUUAACUAAAAGUGGGCUAAAUCUGUUUCUUUGUAACAACCCUCCGUUGAUUUCGAUGCUUUCCUUGUCGCGGUAUUAUUUUCUUCUCUUCUGUAUUUGGACUACCACUUCUGUUGGGUUUGUUUCCUUUAUGUUGACACUGUCGUACGCCUUGUUUGCUCAUAUUUUGAAAUGCAGGAUCGAAACUUUAUAUCGGUACCU